CACAACCCUCCUUGAACACUGAGUUCUGGGACCUGUGCUGACCGUGGUCGCAAGCCGUAUCCAUCAGAUAAACAGAGAAUUGUCUAAAACUAGCGAAGAAAUUACUAAAAUACACUCAACAUGGCCAUCAUGCAAAGAUGCUGCUGUUUUGAUAACGUCCGAUCGGGAUCCAACGCAUCCGCGAUAUACACACUGAUAUAUUCGGCCAUCGUUUUGGCUUACGCGUUACGGCAGAUCUCAAUUUCCAAAGAGGAUGACUUCUUCAUCGCAUACUGCUUGGAGGUGGCACUCUUCGCCCUGAUUCUGAUUUCCUCCAUACUGGUCCUCGUUGGCGUCUCAAAGGACCAGCGUGGAUUCCUGCUACCGUACAUGAUUGUCAUGCCCAUGCUCAUUCUGCUGCAGAUAGCACAGUGUAUCUUGCUCAUCGUUGCCAUGACUGCGGUAAGUCCAUCGUUAAAGGCAACUCACAAAGAACAAUCUUCACUCGAUACUCAUUUACUACCCAGUGCUCAUGCAGGCCUGCGAACUGUGCGAGGGAGUAGCCAACACCGUCACUACAACACUUUAUUUUAG